AUGUCACAGGUCAUCUACCCUAGAGUCACAAUCAAGUUUUGUACCAAGUGCAAAUGGAACCUAAGAGCUGCAUGGUAUUUACAAGAAUUAUUAUCAACUUUUGGUGAAAAACUAGGUGAAGUCUCUUUAAUACCUUUUGAAUCCGGUGUGUUUAGAGUUGAAGUGCAAAAAGAUCAAUCAUCACCAUCUGUUCAGAUAUGGGAUCGCAAAGAGAACGAUGGGUUCCCAGACUCUAAGAUACUUAAACAGAAAGUACGUAAUGAAGUAUUUCCAGAGGAAGUUCUGGGUCAUGUUGAUAAGUCUAAUAAGAAUGAGGGAAAGCUCAUCGCUGAGGAAAAAAAAACAGAGGAUGAUAAUGAUAAUAACAAUCAAAAUGAAUGCGUUGAAUGUAAUGAAGCUGCCAAUGAACAACAAUAA